UUUUGAUGGGGAAUUACUCGAAAUUAUAGCAAGAAAUUUAGAGAUGGUUAGAUCUUGUAAUUAAUCAGACUUCUAACUGACACUAUAUUACUAAAAAAUUCACGAGAACUUUUUUCUUUUUCAACCACAGCGUAAUCAACUUCAUUCAAUUCUGCAAUCAUCAGACUCAUAUGUAUAUAAUAUUCACAACAAAUAAGCUGGGAAACUAGCACUUCAUCGUACAAUUCCACUGCCCAAAUCUUCCGGAUUUUGCACCCCACAACCAGAUAUCGGUGAUUCCAAUAAAACUAUCGAGGCAAAAAGAUAUUCCACAUGUAAAGUGUGCCAAGAAUGGCUAUUGAGCUGGAUACCUAGUCUUAACGAACGUAGAAUCAAAGCGAUCGGGUAACUGUCGAUACUAGCUUCGAAUAGAUAGUGGAGUACAUAAAUUGUGUUCGGGGUACGUACUUUCACCGGGUCUCCAGAAUAGCUAACACGAGCAGGGUUCAACAAUAGGCCAGAUACUGUCGAGAUUUUCCUUGCUUGCAAUGGCUAUCGUUGCUUAUGCAGUAACCAUUGCAUUUGGUGUUAUCCUAAUAAACUCGGAAAUACCACAGACGACAGGACUUUUAUAUCCCCGAGAAUCUGAAACGCGGGAAGUUCGGAGUCUAGAUGGGAUAUGGAAUUUCGUCCAAUCAGACCAAUAUAAUGUAACUCAGGGAAUCAGAGAACGUUGGUACAAGGACGAUUUAAGCAAAGUAAGAAAGACAAUUCCAAUGCCCGUUCCAGCAAGUUAUAAUGACAUAGGGGAGGAUGCUGGGUUACGUGAUCACGUUGGAACCGUUUGGUAUGACCGAAGGUUCUUCAUUCCAAAGUAUUGGUUGAAAGAAAAGCGAGUGUGGAUUCGAUUCGGAAGCGUUCAUUACGACGCUAUCGUGUGGGUGAACGGAGUGCAAGUCGUGAAGCAUGAGAUCGGACAUCUACCAUUUGAGGCGGAGAUAUCGAAUAAUGUUUUAUAUGGCAAGGAGAACUUGAUAACAGUUCUAUGCGAUAACGCCCUCUUACAAACCACAAUCCCUCAAGGAAGCAUAUCAGAGAAGCCAACAGAUAAUGGCGUUACUUUGAUUCAGUCGUACACUUUUGACUUCUUUAACUACGCCGGCAUUCACCGAUCCGUUGUCCUUUACACUACGCCAAAACUUUACAUAGAGGAUGUAACAGUUAAGACUGAUUUAGCCGAUAAAAAUGGUUCAGUUCACUAUGAGGUCAAAGUCAAUGGAGACAAAGGAAACUGGCUUACUUAUGUGAAAGUAAACUUGCGAAGCAAAGAGGGUGAUAUUGUAGCCAGCCAUAAAUCGGGACCAGAACUGAAGGGCACCUUAAAAGUUGAAAAUGUUAAACCAUGGUGGCCCUAUUUAAUGCACCCUGAAUAUGGAUAUCUUUACAAUCUAGAAAUAUCCCUGUGCAAUGACGAACAGGAGGACAUCGAUAUCUAUAGGCUUAAGGUCGGGAUUCGAACACUGGCUUGGGACAAAUCCAGCUUCCGGAUAAACGGUGAAAAGGUCUAUUUGAGAGGUUUCGGACGACAUGAGGACUCUGAUAUUAGAGGAAAGGGCCUGGACUUAGCGCUGAUAACUAAAGACUUCAAUUUGAUCAAAUGGAUAGGAGCCAAUGCAUAUCGCACAUCUCAUUACCCAUAUUCGGAGGAGUCGAUGCAAUUCGCUGACGAGAAUGGAAUAAUGAUAAUCGACGAAUGUCCUAGUGUAGAUACAGAUAAUUUUGGGCAAGCGUUACUAGAUAAGCACAAAUCAUCAAUUGAACAGUUGAUUCAUCGGGACAGAAAUCAUCCAAGUGUGGUCAUGUGGUCGAUUGCGAACGAGCCAAGAACUAAAUCUUUGAGUGCAGAUUCAUACUUCGAAAAAGUCGCAAAUUUCACGAGAUCAUUGGAUCCCACUCGCCCCGUAACUGCCGCCCUAAACGCCGCAGCUGACGAAGACAAGGCUGGUAAACAUUUAGAUAUAAUAAGCUUUAAUCGGUACAACGGAUGGUACCGAAACCCAGGCCGUUUAGAUAUGAUUAUUAGAAAUGUGAUGGAUGAAGCCAAAUUGUGGAAUAAACUUCACAACAAACCGGUCCUUAUGUCGGAGUAUGGUGCAGAUACAGUCGCCGGGUUACAUUUGUUGCCUGCAUUUAUAUGGAGUGAGGAAUAUCAAGCAACGUUGUUCUCAAAACAUUUCAAAGCCUUUGAUAAUUUACGGAAAGUUGGCUGGUUUAUUGGUGAAUUCGUCUGGAAUUUUGCUGAUUUCAAAACUGAACAAUCUUACACACGAGUAGGUGGUAACAAAAAAGGAAUAUUCACCAGAAAUCGACAGCCAAAAGCAGCAGCACAUUUACUAAGAAAGCGAUAUUUCGGUCUUUGCCAGGAGCUAAACAGCAGUUGCCAAAUUCCCAGUGAUCUCUACCUCUAUAUAACGGAACGGGAGCACCACUAUCAUAAUCACACUGAGUUGUAGUGUAUAAUCUAUGAUAAUUUUACAGCCUCGUUUUAUUAUUAGUAUAAAAAAAAUAGCAUAGUAACGUCGGAAGACUUAUUUUGUAUGAAUACAAUAUUUGAAAAAAAAGAAGUAAGCGAAAA